CGAACUCCAGUUGUAUAGUAAAAGAAAGACUAUGCUAGGCUUACAAAUUCGCACAAAAUUUAGUUUUCUGCCAGCUGGGUAGGUUAUAGGUUAUGGAAAAUUGUUAUUGAUUUUAAGAUUACGUUUAAGACUGAAAAUUGUAUUAAAAUGAAGAUUUACACAAAUGAAAACAAUACUUCCACGUUAAAGCUGCUUAUUGCGGCUAAUUUAGCUGGGAAGAAAGUGGAACUUGUCAGUGCUUCGUUCGACGACGAUGUAUUCGCAGGCCCGCGCCAGCUGCCCCUGCUGGCGGUGGACGACACGCUCGCCUUCUUUUCGAGCAACGCCGCGGCGCAGUACUUGUUCCCAGUUCUUGAUCUCUCUGAUAAUGGACAGUGCCAACAGAUCCAGGAGUGGGAGGCCACACGGCUGCAGCCGGCAGUGGCCUCGGUGCUCAGCUGCAAGACAGUGUCCUCCGAUCUGCGCCAGGCGCUGCAGGCGCUGCUGGCCACGCUCGACACCAUGCUGGAGAAACACCAGUACAUAUUAGGGGACAAGUUAUCAGCGGCGGACGUGUCGGUGUACAGCAGCGUGUUCCCGCUGUGGCACAGCCCCGACCUGAAGGCGGCCUUCCUCGCGGACUGCGCGCAUCUGCUGCGCUGGAGCGACGAGCUCGCGGCCUCCAAGGCUGUGCAGGAAGCUAUAGCACAGUGGGGCGGGUCUCCGACGGGUCCGUUCGGCGCGACCUCCGCGCUCGGGAUCCCGCAGCUGCCCAGCCUGGCCACCUGCACACCAGGCGGGUCUCCAGACGAGGGCGCGGCAGUAGAGGCAGGUCCCACUCCUGAGGAGUUGGAGACCGCGCGGGACAACUGGAGCCACGGGCGGGAGAGGCUGCAGACGCCGCUGGAACACCGGGAUAUAGUUUUACCAGUGAAGGGCCGUAAGAACGUGUUGAUAACGUCAGCGCUCCCGUACGUCAACAACGUGCCUCAUCUCGGGAACAUCAUCGGAUGUGUGCUCUCCGCUGAUAUCUUCGCCAGGUACUGCCGGCUCUGCGACUACAACACGCUGUUCAUAUCCGGUACGGACGAGUACGGAACCGCCACCGAGACUAAGGCGCUAGAGGAAGGCGUGUCCCCGCGUGAGAUCUGCGACAAGUACUUCGAGAUCCACAGCGCCGUGUAUCGCUGGUUCGAUAUCGGGUUCGACUACUUCGGCAGGACCAGCACGCCGCAACAGACUGAGAUCGCCCAGCGCAUGUUCCUGAAGCUGCGCGACAACGGCUUCGUGAGCUCGCAGACCGUCGACCAGCUGCUCUGCCAGAAGUGCGACAGGUUCCUCGCCGACAGAUUCGUAGAAGGCACGUGUCCUCACCCGGGCUGCCUGUACCCGGACGCGCGCGGCGACCAGUGCGACAAGUGCGGGAAGCUCAUCAACGCGAUCGAACUCAUAUCCCCGCGGUGUAAGGUCUGCGCCACUGAGCCAGUGGUCAGGCCCAGCCAGCAGCUGUUCAUCGAGCUGGGGCAGCUGGAGCCCGCCAUCCGCAGCUGGGUGUCUGUGUCGCAGGCGGGCUGGUCGGGGCCGGCGCGGGCCGUGUGCCGCGCGUGGCUGCGGGAGCCGCUGCGGCCGCGCGCCGUCACCCGGGACCUCAAGUGGGGCGUGCCCGUGCCUGUCGCAGGGUUCACUAACAAGGUAUUCUACGUAUGGUUCGACGCGCCCAUCGGCUACCUGAGCAUCACGCAAAACGCCACCCACGAGUUCGAGAAGUGGUGGAAACCAGACAAGGAGUAUGAUGUGAAGUUAUACCAGUUCAUGGCUAAGGACAACGUUCCGUUCCACGUGGUGAUGUUCCCGGCGACCCUGAUCGGAGUCAACGAGGGCCACGUGCUCGUCAACCAUCUGUACGCGACCGAAUAUCUGAACUAUGAAGACGGAAAGUUCUCGAAAUCUCGUGGUGUUGGUGUGUUCGGGACUGACGCACAGGAGACCGGUAUCCCAUCCGACGUGUGGCGCUUCUACCUGGCGAGCAUACGUCCGGAGACCUCCGACUCCAACUUCAGCUGGGUCGAGCUGGGGACCAGGAACAACUCGGAGUUGCUGAACAACCUGGGCAACUUCUGCCACCGCUCGCUGACGUUCUGCUGCAACAUGUUCGGCGGCCGCGUGCCUGACGUCACUCUGUCUGCGGCUGAUGUGGAACUCAUAGCACUCGUCAACAGGGAGAUUGCGGCGUACGUGCAGCAGCUGUCAGGCGGGCGGCUGCGGGAGGCUCUCCGCCACGUACUGAGUGUGUCGCGGAGGGGGAACCAGCACAUGCAGGCGCAGCAACCCUGGAUGCUGCUCAAGGGGGGGGAAGAAGACAAGUAAGUGGACUGCCUACACA